GCUCAGGAUAGGGGGGUGAAUGAGAUUGACGAAGAGUUCUUGUUCUGUAUCUCAGUUUUUCUCUUUAUACUCAAAUUAAAUAGUGCGAAAAAUUAUCGGGAAAAUCACAUCAUAUGCAAUGGAGUGUAUUUGGAUAUUAAGUGGAUAAAUACACGCUCUGGGCGUUUUUCGGUGAAGAAGUACUACGGUGUUUGUAAAUAUUUAUUUAAAUAAUUUGUGUGAGAAGAGCAGGGUUGGCUGCUGCUCAAGUGAGUAAAAGAGGAGGCUGCCACCCCCUCAAUGCAAAAUUGGAUGGUGUUCAAAACUGAAGACUGUGUGAAGGCUGAAAGCUGUCCAGGACUGAGCUUCCGACAGAAAGGAUCAAUGAUGGAAUUACAGACCCUCCAAGAGGCCCUGAAAGCGGAAAUACAGGUUCAUCAGAAACUAGUGUCCCAGAUGAAGCAGGAUCCACAGAAUGCAGAUUUGAAGAAGCAGCUCCAUGAACGUCAAGCCAAGAUCACAGCGCUGAGUGAGAAGCAGAAGAAGGUGGUGGAGCAGCUGAGGAAAGAGCUGCUGGUGAAACAGGAUCAUCCGGAGGUCCAGGCCCAUCAGCAGCCCCAGCACCCAGUGCAGCCUGAUGGGAAGGCCUCUGCCCUGCCUAACCUCCACACCCCACCCUCCCUGCCCUCGCCUGACAAACUGAGCAUGCCACAGAACACGAUGACGAUCACCCCGGUCAUCGCCACUAAGAGUCUACCUCUGGUACUGAAAGCUGCCACCGCUACCAUGCCUGCUUCCGCCGUGACGCCGCGACCCUCCGUCGCCAAGGUCACAGCCAUCAGCAACACGCCCAAGGCCAGCAUAGGUCACCCUGACUCACUGAGUGCACCUAUCAACCUUCAGACAUCCAGCAAGUUGACCCAUCAGGGAAUGGAGCCGGUUCGGAUAGUCUCCAAGAACACUAUUGUUGUGCAGGCCACUGCCCAGCCUAUCAAAGUUCCUCAGUUUAUCCCUCCGCCUAGACUGACGCCUCGACCUACCUUUCUAACGCAGGUCCGACCUAAACCAGCCACGCCUACGCCCACUUCCACGGUACCCAUCGCCCCUGCGCCCCCUCCUCCCAUGCUGGCUGCCCCUCAACUCCUCCAGCGGCCUGUCAUGUUGACCACCAAGCUGACCUCCACCUCACUGGCCUCCACCACCGGGCCCAUCCACCAGGUACGCAUUGUAAACGGCCAGCCCUGCGCCAGCAUCACCAAGACCCUGCCAUCUGCCCAGCUGACUGGCAUCGUCAUCACCUCGCCAGCCACCAUUUUGGCCACCCUGGCAACUCAUCAGACCCUUCAGAUCAGAAGCCUCAGCCCUGACACCAAGACUGUUAAAGCUCGGGGUGUUACAGAGCCGAAGACAUCGGUCAGUGCGCCCUCCUCCCCUUCACACACCGCUAGAAGCACCCCUCCACCCCUGCUGAGGAACAAGGGAGAGGACAACCUCCAGAAACGUGCUUUCAUGGUGUCCUUGGGACUGGUUACAUAUGACCAUCUGGAAGAGAUCCAGAGUCGGAGGCAGGAGCGCAAGAGGAGAACAACAGCAAACCCAGUAUACAGUGGAGCAGUGUUUGAGCCUGAGCGUAAGAAGAACGGCGUCACAUACCUGAACACUCCUCUACACCAAGGCACCAGGAAGAGAGCCAAUGAGGACCCAUUGUCACAGGUAUGUCAUGAGAAUGUUUUUUUAUUUUGUUCUCCCAUUUUCCUUUCUUUUGUUUUUGUUUUGUUUUGUCGUGUCUCAUCUCACCCAGGUCGCCCACCCAAAUACAGCAGUGUUCCUGAGCUGGGUCUUCACACCCCAACAUCCCCCACCAGCAGUCAUUCCGCCUCCCCGGCCCACCACCGGCCAGAGAGGGGGGGCUCUCACUUCCCCGUCCACCCCCACACCCUCCCUCUGCCUAGACCCAGCUCCAGGGAUGGAGACAUCCAUGAGGACUUCUGCACUGUGUGCAGGCGCAGUGGUCAGUUGCUCAUGUGUGACACAUGUGCACGUGUUUACCAUCUGGACUGCCUCGCUCCACCCUUGAAAACCAUUCCCAGGGGCAUGUGGAUCUGCCCCAAAUGUCACGACCAGAUUUUGAUGAAAGAUGAGGCAAUCCCAUGGCCUGGAACCCUCGCUAUUGUUCAUUCCUACAUUGCAUAUAAAGCAGCUAAAGAGGAGGAGAAGCAGAAACUGGUGAAGUGGAGCUUGGAACUGAAGCAGGACAGAGAACAGCUAGAACAAAGGGUCAAACAGCUGAGCCAAUCCAUAACGAAAUGCAUGGAGAACAAGAACACUAUCCUGGCCCGUCAGAGGGACAUGCACAACUCCCUGGAGAAGGUCAAAGGCCUGGUGCGUCUCAUUCAGGGCAUCAACUUCUGCCCAUCCCCUGAGGCCUCACCGCCAGCGCUCCAGACCAGCAUGACAAAUGGAGGAGCAGACUGUGCCAGUGCUGACCACACAGACGACACAAGUCCUGAGGAGCACAAGAACACGACUAACAAUAGCAGCGACGACCUGAACAACAACGCGGACGGGGCGACCGAGGAGGAAGAGAAGAAAGAGGAAGUUAAAGAGAUUGACAACCUCAACAGCAGCAGCCUUGGCAAAACCUUUGAGCCUCCCCACACUAUAGCACCGGCCCUUGUGGAUAUAGCAGAGGGGGUCAAAUAACACCCACCAACCCAGUCCAGGGACAGGAACCCCCAAAGAGAGGGAAAGAAAAAGAUAAAGCACCCCACGAAGUUGCCCAAAGUUGCCAAUCGAUUAACACACACCGACAUAUAUAUUUUUGGGGUCGUUGUUAUUGUAGUUGUGUAUUAUUGGAUUGUCCGAGAGGACAUUAUGAUUAUCAGACCGAGAAAUGGAAAGGUACGAAGGAGGGUGACUUAUGUACCAGUGGUAUGCCAAUCGAGGUCAAGGAUUAUUAUUCAAGUCUGACGACAUUGACGCUCUUACUCAUAAUAAGGAUAUUGUUAAUAGUAAUAAACAUCACACCAAUGUGUGCCUCCAAUAGUCGCCAUGGCGCCUCUUUGUGGGGAUGGUUUCUUAGGGUGUCUUAGUCUGCAGCUUCAGGGGAGAUGGAUCCGAGAUGUCCAAAGACGAGACCUGCCCGCUCGCCUGAAGAUCCACCACCUACACCACACCAGAAACAAUUGGAUCAACCAAAACACCAUAACAGCCAUUUGGAAUUUAUAAACUACCAGGGGACGAGGUUUUUGUUUGCUGCAGUAUUUGUCAACAGUUUUGAAAAUCACUGAAGUAUUGCCUGAGGGAUAUGAUUAGUCCCAAAUCUCACUUUUUGUCUUACAGGAGCUCCAGCUCACCUCCAUCCAUCUAUCCCACCUGCCCCAUUACGAUCACCAACAACUCCUGACAAUACAGCUUAAAGUAACAUCGCAGGACAGAUUUUUUUUUAUUUUUUUUUAUUUAACCUUUAUUUAACCAGGUAGGCUAGUUGAGAACAAGUUCUCAUUUGCAACUGCGACCUGGCCAAGAUGAUGGAUCAACAUAGGUCAGCCUGACGUCCAUGUUGUGUCCACUGUCACCUCAGUGCUGCCCAACAGACAGCCAGACGGACCGGCUACAGUGGGAGGAGCCGAGCAUUCAGCUUACGGCCUGUGGUCUUCAGCAGCAUCACAUGGACUCAUUGCAGGCUUCAUUGACAAUGAAGAUGUUUUUCUUUUCGAGGUCACCUUAUCAUGACUUGUCUUGCGUUAUCCAUUGUUGCUGAACCUAGCAUUCCUUUUUAUUAUUUUGAGAAUGUGAUUGACCAAUUUGUUGAUUGAUACGUUCAGAGGCAUAGACAGAAAGCUGCCGCAUCAAUAUUCCAUGUGAAUGCAGCUCUAGGCCUGCACGGGGACUUAGCAACUAUCAGUUCAGAUAUUGUCUGACAGGUUUUUUGUGUCCGUUUGUCACGCCCCUGGGAUCUGUUGCUAAAGGAAACUAACAAUUUAUUCUGGGGGAAUCUGUUUAUAUUCAGGUCUUCCUAGUUUUCGAACAUCAAGAUAUGCUUCUUCAAAAGUGCUUUUCUGUUUCGCAUUACUUUGGUUUCUUAUAAAAUAUAUUAGAACUGGAAAAAACGAUGUAAAUACUUUUUUUUUUUUUUUAGAUGUUCCUUGCAAUUGAAUUAUUAUUCAAUAUGCUGAAUUCAUAACUGCCAAAUGCUAUUGUAUCCAAAUACAGCAGGGAAACAGUGCUAUUUUCUUAUAUAAUGUUUUUAAGGUUUUAAUUAGGAGUCCCCAUUGAUAGGCACAAAUUUAGCAUGGCAGUUACAUACAUACAUACAAAAGAGAGUGUGGCAAUGACAUUGUUUUCCGAAUGUUGUUUGGAAAAACUGUCAGGAACGCUAUAGGAAAAGCACAAACUUGUUGGCAAAAAAGAACUGGAACCGAACCACAUACCCUCAUCCUGCCAUAAACAUGUCUAAAGUAAAUAUGAACAUUUGAAUGAUUAUAUUUUACACCACCACACUGACAAGUCACUUUUCAUUUUACACUUUUGUACAGUAUGUGUAGCUUUUGUUUAUAACCUGCCGUUUUACAUGUUUUAAGUCCCUAGAGUUGCAAUGCAAUGUAGAUAUAUUAGUUGUGAAACACUUGAGAAAUUAGGGACGUUAAAUGGGAAUGAAGGAGUAGGUUGCCAGUAAACAUAUCAUUUCAUCACAGGGCCUACUUGCUGUACUACACCGUACGGUAUGGGUUCCGCUGGGGGUGCCUUUCCUAGAGAGUUUGAAGGCUUUUACAGGGCUCUAUAUAUUUCCUCUGACAUGAAAUGCACCCAAACUAUGGCAAUGUUUUGUUUCAAAAUUUAAAAAAAAUCAUAAUAAUAAUGCAAUUAACUGGAAAGCACAAGAGAAGAUGCAAAUCGGUUUUUAAUCUAUAGCCAGAUCAAAAGGAAAGCAUUAGUUAAAGAAUAAGUGAUGGCCCAGUCCAGUGUCUUGUGUUGAGGCCACUCUUCCUUUUGGCCUGCGGUACUUGCCAUUGUAUAGCAAUUGCCUUAAGAAACUGUUGCGCCUCGUGAACAAACUGUUCGGUGUAUUGUUGGUCUUGUUUGAGUGUCACAAAAAAAUUCAAUGAAUUGUGGAAAUAUUGUCUAUUUGUGAUGAACCACUUCAGGAAAUCUACUUCUCUUUGCACAGAACUGAGAUGAUAGGCUAAAAUGGGAACCUAUUGUAUUUCCAAGGGGUCAGUUGCUCUGAGUCAUCACGUAAGAGAGUUCUGAUUAGUUUUGACUUGACUUGCCAGUGUAUGAAAAAUAAGGAUUGUGAUUUGAACUACUAUUUGAGUUGUCCCUCCACCAAGUCCCUCAAAUACAAGCAAUUAGCAAAUAUUAUAAUGCACCUUUUGGUUGAAUACACAACAGUGUUAAAUCCUUUAGUUCUCUCCUGACUUGCCAUCUUCACAGGCCAAGAUGAAAAUGAUAAAAGUGGCAGCAAUGACACAUACUUACCAUGAAAAUGUAUAAUUGGGGCCAGAUUUCUUUCAGAAUAUUGUUAAAUAAUAAUAAUUUACAUAUUCUUCAUCUUAUCUUUAUAAUCCUUUUGAUGUGUUUUUAUUGGACCUUUUUGGUGCAGAAGCUUAGAAAAUGUGGCUCUCAGUGCCUCUAAUGCAAUAGAAAUAAUAAGGAUCUCAGCAAAUACACUCCCCCAUCUGUGCUCAGCAUGAUGAGCCCAACAACAAAACUACAGCUGUCAAAACCUCAACAAACCUAUGCCUACAUAUGCAAAUUGAUUGUAUGGACAUGAUUAUACUUAUAAAAACAUUCCUACUUUUCAUAUAUAGAACUGAAUUUCACCUUUCCAACCUUGUUAACACUUUACUUUAAGGUGCCUUAAAAAAUAUAAAAUAUUCAUAAGUCGUUUAUAAUCUGUUAUUUAGUAGUUUGCAAAUUUUAGUUUAUAACCCAUUAUAACGAAUAAGUAACAAAAAGUAACCAGGUGUAUAGGCUACCUUAAUGUAAAGUGUUACAGCAGUAUAUUGAAAGCUACAGCUGUACCAUUAAAUGUUUAAUGUACUGUAUACGUACCCCAAUGACUCAUGUAGGAAUUGAAAUGUCCCUCUCAAUUAGUGACUUUUAUUGGAUCAUAACUUUGAAGGCAAAGUGCUGAAUAUUAUGGGCGUAAUUGUUUUUAUUUUCUGACUUAGGGAGGAGGAUGUGGUAUGGCCAACUCAAAUAUUGUGUAGUGCUUUGUGCUGUGAAAGAAAGUAAAUGUCAUGUUGUGGAUAAAAAAAAAAUGGAAACAAAGUUAAUAUCCAAAGAAUGAUUUUAAAGCCUUUUUUAUUUCCAUUUAUGAUCUACACCAGCUAAAUAAUAUUCACAACGAGAGCAACCAAUUAGGAAACCAAUAUUGAUUCGAUUCUUCAUCUCUGCAUAUCUUGAUUAGUUCUGAAAACAGUUAUUCUCAUGCUAUAUCAUGUCACAUCUGUGGCCUUCAAGUGUUUUAGUUGCAUUUCAUUUCCAUCAAUAUGGAGACCCCCCCCCUUUCUUGUAACCUCUGUCCCACCUCUUACUUCAUGCACUCAUAUAAUUUCAUUAAUUUAGAAGGCUUUUUCUCAACGUAAAGUAUUCUUCCUCUUUGUUAAGAUGCAUUGUAGCAAGUCAAAGGCACUAAUGUGCCGAAUAUAGUGUAAAUGGUUUAUUACACAGACUGCAUACUCUCUUGUAAUAUUUGUCAGUUGUAUUUUUUCACAAUAAUUUUUUAAAAGAAGUAUUUGUUUAUUUUUGACUACGGUUUUGUUACCAAUCCUUUUUGUUGCCUGUGAUCCACUGAUUUAUUUGACCUCUUUCCUGUACUUGAGUUAUUUUAUGUAGCUAUUUGUAUGCAGUGUUUGGCAAAUUCCAUUGCAGUGUCAGAGUAAGUCAAGAUUUUUGGAGCAUUCGAUCAAUUUGUAUUUAUUUAUUUGACCAUUUUUAAAUAAAAUUACAAAGUUGUAA